AUUUUAAAAUUAUUAUUAAUUUUUUUUUUCUUAUUUAAAUUUAUAUUAUUUUUUUUUAUUAAAAGCAAGAUGUCAAAGAUUGUUUCAGUAUUUGGUGCAACUGGUGACCAAGGUGGCUCUGUAGCUAGAGCUUUAUUGAAAGAUGGCAAAUUUAAAGUUCGUGCAUUGACUAGAAAUCCAAACUCGGAAGCAUCCAAGAAACUAAAAGCUGAAGGUUGUGAAGUUGUUAAAUGUGACAUUGCCGGUUCAAAACAAGAUAUAGAGACUGCUAUUAAAGGUAGCUAUGGUGUAUUUUUAAUUACUAUUUCCAUUUUUCAAGAUAAAGAAAAUGGCAAAAAGGUUGCUGAUGCUUGCUUUGAUGCCGGUGUGGAACAUUUGGUAUUCAGUAGUAUUUUAGGUUCACUCCGAGCUGUAAUUUUACCAAACUUUAAUCCUAAAGCUGAAAUUGAAGAUCAUAUUAAAGAAUUGUCAAAAAAGAAACCACAAUUUAUCUCAUCAUUUGUUCAUGAUAGAAAUGAAUCAUUUGUUACUCCCUCAUCCUCUAUGUUUAAUCAGAAUAUUUUUAAACUUGAAAAACGUUCUGAUGGUGUCUCCUACUCAAUUUCUCAUACUGAACAACCUUCAAAUAUUCCAAAAGUUGAAGACCUUGGUCCACUUGUCUCUAGUAUUCUCAAUGACCCAAACAAAUACUCUGGUGUUGUUGAACAUUUCCCUAACAGUGCCCCUAUGAGAGUAGUUCUCUAAAGAAUAUUCUCUAUUCACUUUCAUUAAUCUAAAUUUAAUAAAUCUAUUAUUGUUACCCAUUAU